AUGAGUUCCCACGUUGUGGUGAUCGACGCGACAGCCAGGCGGGCAACGAUCAAGACCACACCUACCAAACACUUGACUGAUAUACUGCAAGAAGCAUGUUCAAAGCUUGGAUAUAACUCCAGUCAAUAUGGAUUGAAGCACAAUCGCAAGCAGCUUGACCUUUCUCUAUCUUUUCGUCUAUCCGGUCUUAGCUCUGGCGCAAAACUCGAACUUGUACAAGCAUCUCGUUCCCCGUCCGUUGUCACUGUCGGCCUACAACUCCCAGAGUCUGAAGCCCGCGGUGCCCCGAACGGCCGUAUACUUGAUAAAUUCCCUAGCACCACAACGCUCUGGCUAGUACUACGCAAGUUUGAGGCUGGAGUUGCAGGCAGUGGCCUGACACGGAACUUUACUUCACGUGCGGUACCUGUUACCGAUGACGGAGAAAGUUCGGGAAGUUUGUACUAUGAAGCUCCUGUACUUCAGAUCUUAGAGCGUAAGCUCUCAAGCUUCACAGAUCUACAGAAGUCCCUGGCCCAGCUAGGAUUCAAUAGUGGAAAUGUUCUCAUUCGGCUCAGCUUCCGACGGACAGAACAGCGGAUCGAAGAAGCAAUGCUCGAAAUUGGCGAGUUCUUCAAGUCUGAAGAGGACGAUACGCCAGCGCAGGACAAAAGCGGCGCGCCCACGGUGGAUCCUACCGAGGUCAAAACUGAGGAACCUGUUCAGCAGCUAUCUGCUGCAACCCAGCCUGAGCCCUCUAGCGUCGCCGCCUCUGAACCAGUUACUCCUCCCCCAACUACCCUCGAGCCGGCCACUUCAACAACUGAAUCUGGUCGGACUAUCACCGUCUUCUCCCCUCCAUCGGAAGACACACCUUCGUCAGCUCAAAUAGCGUAUAAUGAGAACGACUACAUACCCUCCAUCGAGCACGCACAGCUGCACCAGCGAUUGCUCAACGAAUCAUCUCGAAACCAACGCUUACCGACGCAUGCGGAGAUGGCCGCCAAGGCUAAGGAAGAAGAGGCGAAACAAGCAGCAAUCCGCGAAGUCGAUGUCAAAGUCCGCUUUCCAGACCAGAGCCAAGUGGUCGCUAAGUUCGGGACUUCGGACACCGGACAGUCGUUAUAUGAGUUCGUGCGCAGUUGCCUUGCUCCGCCAUUUGCCAACGAGGACUUUAGCCUCACUGUUCACACUGCAUCUCGCUCCCAACACACAAGCGCCAUUCCUUCAUCAGAAAAGAGACGGUUGAUCAAGGAUAUAGGGUUGACCGGUCGUGUGCUAGUCAACUUCUCUUGGGCUGAGAACGCUGCCUCUUUCGUUCAUGAACGCCGAACAGAGACGCUUCGCCCAGAGCUUCGAAGUCAGGCUCAACAGCUCAAAGUUGAACAGCCACCGGAGCCGAAGGAACAGGAGACAGUCCCGCAGCCUGGUCCAAGUAGCGCCCAAGGUGAUGCGAAGCCCAGCGGGGCACGGAAAAGUGGUGCCGUGCCUAAGUGGCUGAAGCUGGGCAAGAAAUGA